AUGGUACAAAACGGUGCGGACUGUUGUAUUCCCUUUGAGCGUCAGUGAUUCCCCCAAUCCACUUCUUCUCUUCUGGGCAUGAUUUGAGAGUGAUGUUAGCUCAUGGCAUGUGGAGCGGGAUCGACGAUGCUUCGACCAGGUUUAUCAAUAAUGGAGGCCGAAACCCCAGAAAGAUCAUGUUUACCCCUCGCCCACAACUGGUGCAGUGAGCCUAGUUUCAUCGGUGCCCAAAAUCCAAACAAAUUUCCCAUAAAGUCUGCACCUUUUUCCCGGAGGAGUUUUCAGAGAAGAAAGCAAGGGUGGAAAGUAGGGUUUGCAUUGGACACUGGAGGGAUUCCUGGAAAUGGUGAGGGCCCUGAUCUUGGACGCACUCGAUUGGGCAGAAUAGUGAGUGCAGCUGGAAGACAGGUAUUGGAGAAGCUGAACUCGGCUAGGAAGAACUUCCCCAUGAAGAUAUUUCUGCUUCUUUUGGGUUUCUACACAGCAAAUGCAUUGGCAACAAUCCUUGGGCAGACUGGGGAUUGGGAUGUGCUGGUUGCAGGUGUUGUUGUUUCUGCCAUUGAGGGGAUUGGGGUGCUUGUGUACAGAAAGCCUCCUCCUCUGUCUACUGCCAGAUUGCAGUCUUUCGUUGGGAUGGUGAAUUACUGGAAAGCUGGAGUGUGCUUGGGCCUAUUUGUGGAUGCUUUUAAAUUGGGUAGUUAAAAGGUGAUUUUUUUUUGCCCCCAUUGUUGCUUGGGUUUUCCUUUUUAUUCUGAUAUAAGAUCUGCUGUUGACUCUUGUUUCUAAAGCUCUUGUAACAUGGAGAAUUUGCUUCAUUUC